UGUCCAAUAGGUAGUCGUUGCGGCAAACUCAGACGAAUUUGAUCUCAUUGAUCUAACGGUGGUGGCGACGGCUAAAACACGAAAAACUAGAACGUUCACGCGCGCGCAAAUAAUUCGCUGAGCAAAAAGAAUGCAAAAUAGUAUAUACAUUUAAUAUAAAAACACUUUAUUAAAGAAAUAUAUAAAUAAAAAAAUUUGUGAAAGGACAACCGGAGUACACGAGUUGCAGAUUUUAAUAAUACGUACAGGCCUUACAAUAUUCAAAAUGAAAUUGCUAACAGUGUUCGUGCUGCUGACAGCCAUUGUUGCAGCUCUUGGGCUCAACGAAUCAGCAGGUGCCUCAACGGAAGUCUUGGCGGGUUCAGACGAUAGUGCGGCAACUACUGAUACUGAUGAGGCAACUACUUCUGCUUCUAGUAAUCCGACCACUGUUGCUCCUGGUGAAACAACCACUGUUACUGCGGAGCCAAUCGCAACCACAUCGGUAUCCUCUGGUGAGACAACUCCAGUUGCUUCUAGUGUAGAAACCACUGUUGCACCUAGUGAAACAACCACAAGUGAGACAACCACUGUUACUGCGGAGCCAACCGCAACCACAUCGGUAUCUUCUGGUGAGACAACUCCAGUUGCUUCUAGUGUAGCAUCUACUGUUGCACCUAGUGAAACAACCACAAGUGAAACAACCACUGUUACUGCGGAGCCAACCGCAACCACAUCGGUAUCUUCUGGUGAGACAACUCUAGUUGCUUCUAGUAUAGCAACUACUGUUACUGAUGAAACAAACUCGGUUGCUACCAGUGAGGCAACCACUGUUACUGAGGAACCAACCACUGUUGCUACUGAUGAAACCACAUCGGUAUCUUCUGCUGCUACUACUACCACUGAGGAGUCUACUACUGCCAAUUCUAAUGAAACAACCUCGGCGGCUACAAGCGAAACCUCCUCUACUACAUCUGGUAACACCACAACGGUUGAUCCGAGCGAAACCACGCCCAACACUGAUGAAACAACGGAUGCAACAACAAAUAGUACAUCUGCCUCAACUGCAACUCCAGAUACCACCCCCGUAGAGAAUGGAAGUACAAAUCCACCAUCUACAGAAGCGCCACCUGCUAAUAAGCUUCAAUGUUAUGCAUGUGAGGGCGACGAUUGUGAUGAAAAGACUGUGAUCAACUGUCCGGAUGAUGGCAGAGCUUACGAUGUCGAGGACAGCAAGAGUUUGUCCGCGAAUGCAGCGGAAAUUCUUCUUCAAAAUUAUCGUUCAGUUUCGCGAUUGGAACUCGCCGAUGUGAAGGGUUAUGCUUGCUACAGGGUGCAGAUUACAGACAAUGAUGACAAGGCAUUGAAACUUGGAUGUAUUGCCAUACCUUAUGGCCAAAGCGCCUGUGAGGCUGUACGGAACGAACUGAAUAUAACGGCAACAGCUGAUAGUGACGAGUGUUUGGCGUGUCAAACAGACUUAUGUAACGGUAGUGCAAUAGCAAAAUUAUCUGUGGCGGUACUUUUGUCCGUAUUGCUGGCAAAGUUUUUAUUUUAAGUGAUCAGUAAAAUAAAUACUU